AUGACAGAAAACUUUGUCUCUGGAUCGAGUAACUGUAGUGUACUGACUGUACAUUAUUAUCCUAAACUUUCCCAUCCCGCUUCGUUCAACCUCUGCAUCUCAUCUCCCGGUUAUAAUCCUAUCGAUCCUAAUACCCGGAAACGCCUCAUGUGGUCCUAG